AUGAGCUCUACACAAGAGGUCGACCUAUGGUCGCCAUUUACCAGCGACAUUCUGUUGGAGGUCCGGACUGGCGUGAUGACAAAAAUGCCAGGGCUCGAAGUCACAUCAGGAAUAGACAAGAGCUUGAGGGAAGGGCCAGUUCACGUGGCUUCACUGGGCCUUGAGCUGGACGAGCAUGACCCAACAUUCCAUGGAGGCCCCGACAAAGCCAUUCACAGCUAUUGCUCGUCACAUUAUCCUGGUUGGAGAAAGGAGUACCCCAUGGCAGCAGAUCGCUUCAAACCGGGCGCUUUUGGUGAGAACUUUGUCACCAAGCACAUGAAUGAGCGGAAUGUCUGCAUCGGCGAUAUCAUCCAUGUUGGCGACGAGGUUGUACUGCAAGUCAGCCUGCCACGCCAACCGUGCUACAAGCUUAACCACCGAUUCCAGCUGAAGAACUUUGCCCCGAAAACUUUCGAGACCAGCAGGACUGGUUGGUAUUAUCGAGUCCUUCAGGGAGGCAAGGUCAAGGCUGGCGAUAAGAUUAGGCUCAUUGAGCGGAAGUGGCCCAAGUGGACCAUUGAGAGAAUUCAGGAAUACCUGCACAGAAACCAGAAUGACUUGGCCAUGAACGAGGAAUUAGCGACGAUCGAAGAGUUGGGGAAAGAGUGUCGCGGUGCCUUUCAGAGACGAGUAGCCAAGGCCCAGGCCCAGGAGAAGAGAGUAAAGGGCGACGUAUGGCGCGAUUUCAAGAUCGUCAAAAAGACGACGCAAACGCCGCGAAUUUCCUCGUUCGUUCUCGAAGCCGUCAGCAUGAGGGAGGACCCGGGGGAUCUAAACCCAGGCGCCCACGCAAAGCUUAAGCUUCCCAAUGGCCUACUGCGGUCUUACUCAAUUGUCUCGGGAGAUCGCAACAAAUUCGAACUCGGAAUUGCCCUGAAUGACAGCAGUCGGGGAGGUUCCCGCUACCUCCACGAGUCCAUGGCUGUCGGAGACGUCCUCCGUGUUGGGAGAAUCACCACCGACGUGAAGAUGUCCAGCGCGUCGAGCAACCACGUCUUCAUAGUGGGCGGCAUCGGCGUUACCGCCUUCCUUGCUCUCGCUGAGGGCUAUCACGAGAUUCACUACAACUUCGAGAUGCACUACGCGGUGCGCUCUGCUAACGACAUACCUUUCCAAUCGCGUUUGGAAGUCUUUGGCCGCAGUGUGCGGCUGUAUGACGGGUCUAAAGGAGAGAGGAUGGACGUUGACGACAUCAUGCGGACGCUUAAGUGGAACAGCCAUGUCUACGUCUGUGGACCUACGCGAUUAAUGGAGGCAGUGAGGAAAGCGGCAGAGCAGUGUGCUCUCGAUGAAAACGACGUGCACUAUGAAGCAUUCGCCGCAGACACGUCGGGAGACCCGUUCGAGGUGGAGGUCGUGAACCGCGAUGGCAAGAUCUUGAAGGUGGGAGAGGAAGAAACGCUGUUGGAGGUGCUCAAGCGAGAGGUCGGAGGAGAUGUUGCGAGUAGCUGUGAGGUCGGCAAUUGUGGGACAUGCAAGGUCGGACUGAAAGCAGGCCGGGUUGAUCACAGAGGCACGGCGUUGACGUCUACGGACAAGGUUGAGUCGAUGCUGAGCUGCGUGAGCCGUGGAAUUGGAAGAAUCUCCAUUGAAAUAUGA